AUGGGGAAUCCGAACGCCAUAAAGCUGAUUUCUGUUCACUCGGAACUACCCGAGCAAUUAAAUUGCAGAUAUUUAUACUUUUCAAACUCCCUUGAGAAUAUUUACCGAGUGCUCAUAAAAUUUUUAACUCUACUCUCGCUAGAAGAUGCGCGAGUUUUUACUUUCUCUCGUUUUAGGAACGGUGAGAAAUCGACGCCGACCGAAUUGAAUGGCACCAUCGAGACCUUUCCUAUAUCAAAGCUCCGUCAAGCGUUACCGCAAUUUUGUGCGGUGAGCGCGAAAAAUCUUUUGAUGAUCACGUUCGGCUCUACCUUAGGCUUUUCCACGAUCCUAAUCCCUCAACUGCAGAAGCCGAGUUCGGAGAUUUCAGUUAGCAUGGAGGACUUAACGUGGAUCAGCAGCCUGAACCUGUUUCUGGUCCCAAUCGGUUGCUUCGUCAGUGGACCGAUAUCGCAGAUGUUAGGAAGGAAGAGGACUAUGAUGCUGACCACCAUCCCUUUCAUAGCAGCGUGGAUCAUAUUUCACUAUGCCACGUCUACCGGGAUGCUGUUCAUCGCGUUGGCUAUGACAGGUUUGACCGGAGGCCUCCUGGAAGCUCCUGUGAUGACUUACGUCGCGGAAGUCACGCAGCCUCAUCUCCGAGGCAUGCUGUCAGCGACUUCGAGUAUGUCGAUCAUCCUGGGGAUCUUCACGCAAAUGUUGGGUGGUAAACUGGCCCACUGGAGGACCGUGUCCUUGGUCAACUUGACGUAUCCAUUAAUCUGCUUCGUGGUACUCUGUAUGGUACCGGAGAGUCCCUACUGGCUCAUCGCGCAAGGUCGUCAGGGAGAGGCGGAGAAGGCUCUCUGCUGGCUGCGCGGCUGGGUGAGACCGGCUGAAGUGAAAUCCGAAUUUGAGACCAUCUGCCAGGAAGUCUACAAACCUGCAGAAUCGCGAGAAGCAAUUUGGAAAGCCUUCGGGAGACGCACCUUCUAUACACCGUUCCUUUUGGUCACGUGUGCGUUCUUCAUCGGCGCGUUCGGCGGUACCAUAACUCUUCAAACCUUCGCCGUAAUGAUCUUUAUGAGUCUAAAGGCGCCCAUUGAAGAGUAUUCGGCUGCAGUGUAUCUAGGGUUGGCCGAGUUGCUUGGCACACUGAUCUGCGUGAUUGCUAUCCAUUUCACCGGCAAGAGGUUGCUGAAUUUCGUCUCCAUCGGUGGCACUGGUCUCAGCUUUGGAUUGACAGCUAUUUAUGGAUAUUUAAACGACAGUAAUAUAUUAGAUGCUGAUCUUAUCAAUAAACAUCAACUUACUUGGCUGCCGGCUACUUUGAUGAUCGGAGCCGCCUUUUUGUCUCAUACUGGCAUUCGGUUACUCCCGUGGGUUUUAGCGGGUGAAGUCUUCCCUGUGAAGCUACGGAGCAGCGCAACGGGGAUGGCAGGCUCCAUCGGUUACGUCUUCACUUCCAUUGCGAACAAAGUGUUUCUGUACAUGGUAAAUGGAAUGUCCUUAGCUGGGACGUUCUUCUUCUACGCGUUGAUCAACUUCGUCGGUGGUGUUUUAUUAUACUUUAUACUACCGGAAACGGAGGGUAGAACUUUGAAUGAAAUCGAGGAACACUUCGCUGGUAUACAAAACUUGAAGACGAGGCCUAAGAAAGAGGAGCAACAGAACAAGGAAAAAUGGGCUGCCACCAAUCCGGCUGUGAUUUACGACGACACCGAAAGCAAGCUUUGAUUUCUAAUGAAACGGAGAUUUCGUUUCACAGAGACGCAGUGUGACGUUGUUAAGAAUGUUCCUCUUUAAGUUUUCUAUUCGUGGACAGCUGUUAAUUUUGUAACAGGACUUAUUACUUGUAACUUAGUUAUCUCAUCCAAAUAUAUGUAUAAUAGUGGAAUUUAUAAAAUAUUUCCGCCCCUGUUUUUGAUAUUACGAAAUCAGCUAACGCUGUUUCGUGAAAAUGUGUUCAUACUUCAAACGUACAAUAAAAUACUAAUUAUUUUCCA